UGAUUUGCUGCUUGUUUCUUGCAGCGACCGAACGCCCAGGGGCGUAGCGAUCGACGGACGGCCUAUCGCCUCCGUCCUCAACGUUCCUUCUCGUAGACUCGUCUGCAUCAUAAUCUACCACCACGAAAGCUAUUCCCAAGCACGACUCCGGCAUCAUCGGGAUCACUCCCGAUGGCAACAAAACAAAAUGGAAAUACCAUACCCUCUCCGCGACCGCCCUUUCGUAGGCAAGGAUCAAGUAUCGGUGCGGGCGCCCAUCCUAUGGCAGUUGCACUGGCUCCUGUACCCAAGAUAGACUAUAGUGUAACGAAGGGAGGUGCGCGAACAUGGGCAGUAUUACUUGUAUUUCUCUUCUUAUGUUCUGGUUUAUAUACAAUAUUUUCUUCAAGAGAAUACGAUGGAAGUGAGACUAGUAUCUCAAAUGAGCAGCAAGAUGAAGUAGGAGAUGAUUCUCAAAGUUAUUCAGAUUACACUCCGAAGCAGCGCAGGGGUUUAAAGGGAGAAGAUGAAGAUGAAGACAUUAAGGAAGAAAUUUCAGAUAUCGACUCAGAGCAGACAAUUGAUGAUGAUGAGGAAGCAGCGGCCGUUGAGCCAGCAUUAGAGGAUCAAUUAUUUGCAGGACUACGUAAAAAAAUUCAAAAUAAUAUUCAGCGGGUUAAAGAUUAUGUAAAGGACGAAAAUACAGAGAGGGCAGAAGAGGAAGAAGAAGAAGAGAGGCAAGAACAAGUACCUCCAAAACGAGGUAAAAGGAGAAAAAAUAGAAAUAUAGAGCGUGAUGAUGACGUGGAACAAGUGAAAGAAGCAAAGCCACCACGUCGGAGGCGAAAAGGUAAAGCAGAUGCAGAAUCUGAGGAACAGCCUGCCGAAGAAGAUCAUGCAGAAAAUGAGAAGUCAAAAGAAGAGGAAGAAAAAGGGGGAAAACCUGAAACAAAGGAAGAUACAGAAGAAGAUGAAGAAGAAGAAAAGGAGAAAGAGGAAGAAGAGGAAGAAGAAUCCGCACCAGAAAAAGAUGAAGGUGGAUCUAAAGAAGGAGCUGAGGAAGAUGAAGAGGAUAAAAAGGGUCAGCGAAGGAAACCAAGAAGUUAUCGUGCACGGCAUGUUUCAAAGGAAACAAUGCCCGAACGAGAGUGCAGAAGGAAGAAUUGUCCACCAAAUUACGAUGCAGCGCCUAGAAAAUCGCUUUUGAAAAAGAAGUAUAAGGUUCCGAGCAGUGAGUCCCACCCCAUACGUCCAGAACACGUUUUCGAAGAUGACGAGAACGAUGACGAUGAGGACGAAGAGGAUGAGCUACCAAUACCAACACACGCAAAGCACCAUGAAGUUGUUGCGCUCAACAAACAAAGCAGGGGUUCCGGACGAGAUGCUUAUAAACGCCAAGCGAUAACGAAUCGUGACGAUCACAAGAACCGAGAAGCGCUGGAUCGGGCGGACAGUCUAGUGGAAAAGCACGAUUAUGAUGCUGCAAUUUCGAUAUUCGAUUCCAUCCUUCGCUCACGCCCUGACUCACCCCGUGCACAUUUUGGGAAAGGCCGAGCAUACCAACUAAGGGGUGAACUUACCUCUAACGACGUCGACUUUGCCCACGCCAUACAUGAAUAUGAUCAAGUCCUCGACAAUGAAGAAACACCAAACGCAUUAUUUCGGCAAGCUGCAUCUCGGCUCAUCGAGCUGGCGAGCUUUCGUGGUGAUUUCUACCGAUGUCUGCUGACUCACAGAAGUCUCGUCGAUAGGUUUCCAGAAGAGAUCGAGCAUCAAACAGAUGUCGCUCUGACUUUUAUAAAAAUGAAAAGAUUGAAGGAUGCAAAAAAAGUCUUGUACAAUUUGAUCGAAGAUGACAGUAACAAUGCUGUUGCGCUAGCCUACUAUGGUUAUAUUCUCAAGGUUGCUGAAGAUAAUGUCGAACAAGGAGUAGCCUUCAUGAAAAAAGGACUGCGUUUAGGAGGAGAUGAAAUCACAGAUCCAAAAUUCUAUUAUCACCUUGGACAGGGCCUGAUGAUACUCGGAAGAUCAAGCGAGGCCUACGCUGUCUUCGAACAUGCAGCUUCGCUAGGAUUAUUUUUGUCCGCUCAGCAAAGGUCGAUGUAUAACGUUGAAGGACUGACUGGAAGAGCGUGGUGGAGCAGCGAGCAAACUGGUUAUGCAAAGUACUUGAAGGCAGUGGAACGACAAUGGGUCUCUAUUCGAGCAGAGGCAACUCGCGCUUUCCACACAGCUCCAGACUCAUGGAAAGACGAGAACCCAACGAUCACUGUCGACGGACGGUGGACCGCAUUUCCACUACUGGAAAAUGGACAUUUUAAUUUGGAUAACUGCGAGAUGACGCCGCAAACAUGCUCCAUUCUCAAAGAGUUUCGUGAGAGCAGUAACGCAAGCAGAUCUGAGAUGCGAUUUUCGGCGCUAACUUCGGGUACACAAAUCCUUCCUCACUGUGGUGCGACAAACAGUCGUUUACAAGCACAUUUGGGCUUGAUUGUCCCCUCAGAAGCAAGAAUAAGGGUAGGUAACGAGCAACGCGGAUGGAAAACUGGGAAGUUCAUCAUAUUUGACGACUCAUUUGAACAUGAGUUGCAAUUCGAAGGAGCAUCCUCGUCCUCCCUACGCCUGAUCCUCCUGAUUGAUCUCUGGCAUCCGGAAGUCGAGUCGCAAAAGCGAACUGCUCCCGAGGAUGACUGACUGAUACGUGCAAGUUGAUAUAUUCGGAAAAUUAUUCCAUGUUUGUGCUGCCAUAGAAUUUGUUUGCGGAGAUAAAAACUGUUAUAAAUGUCAACCACCC